AUGAGGGAAUCUGCUGACACUGUCACAUCAACUGUCUCGAAGAACUUGAAUUCUAAACCAGACCCAACCCAUCACGACGCCAACGCUUCUGGUGGCAUUCUCGCAGGGGCAAAACAACAACUCGACUACAUUACCAACGGCGCCUCUAUCACACAAAUCAAAAACAAAAUCACCACCAUGGCUGGAGAGACGGCAAGCAACAUAAAAGAGAACGUUUUCGAUGGUGUCGUCCCCGCCGCGGGGGAGACUUUGCAGGGUGCUCAAGCCCGGGUCCAAAGCCUAGCAGAUACAGUGAAUGGAAGCCACAACGACCAGGCAAACCAAGAAUCGAAUUCCCCGCAUCCGGAGCAUGAAAUGAUCGAUCAAAUGGACGAGGAGGAGAUCUGUGAUUUCUUAAGAGAGAGACAUAGAAGUACGGCGCCUCCGCGACCAACGAUUAAAUAA